UAUGACUUGGGGUUAAUAGGAUUAGAUUGCCUUUGGAGGGUCGUGAUUCAGAGUAAUGAUGAUAUUGCCAGCAGAGCUAUAGAUCUCCUCAAAGAGAUAUACACAAACCUUGGUCCAAGACUACAAGUCAAUCAGGUGGUGAUCCAUGAAGACUUCAUUCAGUCUUGUUUUGAUCGUCUGAAAGCCUCCUAUGACACAUUGUGUGUUUUGGAUGGUGACAAAGACAGUGUUAAUUGUGCAAGACAGGAAGCUGUUCGAAUGGUUCGAGUAUUAACUGUUCUAAGGGAAUAUAUAAAUUAUGACAGUGAUUAUCAUGAGGAAAGAACAAUUCUCCCCAUGUCAAGAGCAUUCUGCGGUAAACACCUCUCUUUUGUAGUUCAAUUUCCAAACCAGGGCAGACAGGUUGAUGACUUGGAGGUAUGGUCUCAUACAAAUGAUACAAUUGGUUCAGUACGACGAUGUAUUCUCAAUCGUAUUAAAGCCAACGUAGCCCAUACAAAAAUUGAGCUCUUUGUGGGCGGUGAGCUGAUAGAUCCUGCAGAUGACAGAAAGUUGAUUGGACAAUUAAACUAAAAAGAUAAAUCGCUUAUUACAGCCAAACUUACACAAAUAAGUUCCAAUAUGCCUUCAAGCCAUAGCUCUUCUGAUUCCUCCACUGGAUCUCCUGGAAACCAUGGUAAUCAUUACAGUGAUGGUCCCAAUCCAGAAGUGGAAAGCUGUUUGCCUGGAGUGAUAAUGUCACUGCAUCCCAGAUACAUCUCUUUUCUUUGGCAAGUUGCAGACUUAGGUAGCAUCCUAAAUACGCCACCCCUUAGAGAUGGAGCAAGAGUACUCAUGAAACUUAUGCCGCCAGAUAGCAUAACGAUAGAAAAAUUAAGAGCUAUUUGUUUAGACCAUGCCAAACUUGGAGAAAGCAGCCUUAGUCCAUCUCCUGACUCACUUUUCUUUGGUCCUUCAGCCUCACAAGUGCUAUAUCUAACAGAGAUAGUCUAUGCCUUGUUAAUGCCUGCUGGUGCACCUCUGACUGAUGAUUCCUCUGAUUUUCAGUUUCACUUCUUGAAAAGUGGUGGCCUACCCCUUGUACAGAGUAUGCUAACCAGAAAUAACUUCCUACCAAAUGCAGAUAUGGAAACUCGAAGGGGUGUCUACCUCAAUGCUCUUAAAAUAGCCAAGCUUUUGCUAACUGACAUUGGCUAUGGUCACGUUCGAGCUGUGGCAGAAGCUUGUCAACCAGGUGUAGAAAGUGUGAAUCCCAUGACACUGGUCAACCAGGUUACCCAUGAUCAAGCAGUGGUGCUGCAAAGCGCCCUUCAGAGCAUUCCUAAUUCAUCAUCCGAGUGCAUGCUUAGAUCGGAUGAGGCUUCAAGAUAUAUGCCUGAUAUUUGUGUAAUUAGAGCUAUACAAAAAAUUAUCUGGGCAUCAGGAUGUGGAUCAUUACAGCUAGUAUCUAGCCCAAAUGAAGAAAUCACUAAAAUUUAUGAGAAGACCAAUGCAGGCAAGCCAGACUUGGAAGACGAACAGGUAUGCUGUGAAGCAUUGGAAGUGAUGACCUUAUGUUUUGCCUUGAUUCCAACAGCCUUAGAUGCUCUUAGUAAAGAAAAGGCUUGGCAGACAUUCGUCAUUGACCUACUAUUGCACUGUCACAGCAAAACUGUUCGUCAGGUGGCACAGGAGCAGUUCUUUUUAAUGUGCAUCAGAUGUUGCAUGGGACACCGGCCUCUACUUUUCUUCAUUACUCUACUCUUUACUGUUUUGGGGAGCACAGCAAGAGAGAGAGCUAAACAUUCAGGCGACUACUUUACUCUUUUAAGACACCUUCUUAAUUAUGCUUACAAUAGUAAUAUUAAUGUACCCAAUGCUAAAGUUCUUCUCAAUAACGAAAUUGAUUGGCUAAAAAGAAUUAGGGAUGAUGUUAAAAGAACAGGAGAGACGGGUAUUGAAGAAACGAUCUUAGAGGGCCACCUUGGAGUGACAAAGGAGUUACUGGCCUUUCAAACUUCUGAGAAAAAGUUUCAUAUUGGUUGUGAAAAGGGAGGUGCUAAUCUUAUUAAAGAAUUAAUUGAUGAUUUCAUAUUUCCUGCAUCCAAUGUUUACCUACAGUAUAUGAGAAAUGGAGAGCUCCCAGCCGAACAGGCUAUUCCAGUCUGUGGUUCACCACCUACAAUUAAUGCUGGUUUUGAAUUACUUGUAGCAUUAGCUGUUGGCUGUGUGAGGAAUCUCAAACAAAUAGUAGAUUCUUUGACUGAAAUGUAUUACAUUGGCACAGCAAUAACUACUUGUGAAGCACUUACUGAGUGGAAAUAUCUGCCACCUGUUGGACCCCGCCCACCCAAAGGAUUUGUGGGGCUGAAAAAUGCUGGUGCUACUUGUUACAUGAAUUCUGUGAUUCAGCAACUCUACAUGAUUCCUUCCAUUAAGAACAGUAUUCUUGCAAUUGAAGGCACAGGCAGUGAUGUAGAUGAUGAUAUGUCUGGGGAUGAGAAGCAGGACAAUGAGAGCAACGUCAAUCCCAGGGAUGAUAUAUUUGGAUAUCCUCAACAAUUUGAAGAUAAACCAGCAUUAAGUAAAACUGAAGAUAGAAAAGGGUACAACAUUGGUGUCCUAAGACACCUUCAGGUCAUCUUUGGUCAUUUAGCUGCUUCUCGACUGCAGUAUUACAUGCCCAGAGGAUUUUGGAAACAGUUCAGGCUUUGGGGUGAACCUGUUAAUCUGCAUGAACAACACGAUGCUUUAGAAUUUUUCAAUUCGUUGGUGGAUAGUUUAGAUGAAGCUUUAAAAGCUUUAGGACAUCCAGCUAUGCUAAGUAAAGUCUUAAGAGGUUCCUUUGCUGAUCAGGAGAUCUGCCAAGGCUGCCCACAUAGGUACGAAUGUGAAGAAUCUUUUACAACUCUAAACGUAGACAUUAGAAAUCACCAAAAUCUUCUUGAUUCUUUGGAACAAUAUGUCAAAGGAGAUUUACUAGAAGGUGCAAAUGCAUAUCAUUGUGAAAAAUGCAAUAAAAAGGUUGAUACUGUAAAGCGCUUGUUGAUUAAAAAAUUACCUCCUGUUCUUGCUAUUCAACUAAAACGAUUUGACUAUGACUGGGAAAGAGAAUGUGCAAUCAAGUUCAAUGAUUAUUUUGAAAUUCCUCGAGAGCUAGACAUGGAACCUUACACAGUUGCAGGUGUCGCAAAGCUGGAAGGAGAUAAUGUAAACCCAGAGAGUCAGUUGAUACAACAGAGUGAGCAGUCUGAAAGUGAAACAGCAGGAAGCACAAAAUACAGACUCGUGGGUGUGCUUGUACAUAGUGGUCAGGCAAGUGGGGGGCAUUAUUAUUCUUACAUCAUCCAAAGGAAUGAUGGAGAUGGUGAGAGAAAUCGCUGGUAUAAAUUUGAUGAUGGUGAUGUAACAGAAUGUAAAAUGGAUGAUGAUGAGGAAAUGAAAAACCCAUGUUUUGGUGGAGAGUACCUGGGAGAAGUGUUUGAUCACAUGAUGAAGCGUAUGUCAUACGGGCGCCAGAAAAGGUGGUGGAAUGCUUAUAUACAUUUUUAUGAACAAAUGGACACAAUAGAUCAAGAUGAUGUGUUGAUAAGAUACAUAUCAGAGCUUGCUGUCACCACCAGACCUCAUCAGAUUAUUAUGCCAUCAGCCAUUGAGAGAAGUGUGCGGAAACAGAAUGUACGAUUCAUGCAUAGCCGAAUGCAGUACAGUUUGGAGUAUUUUCAGUUUAUGAAAAAACUGCUUACAUGUAAUGGCGUUUACUUAAACCCUCCUCCCGGUGUGGCAGAGAAGACACAGCUUCUGAAAUUGAGUGUACCUGCUACCUUUAUGCUUGUGUCUUUAGAUGAAGGUCCAGGUCCUCCAAUCAAAUAUCAGUAUGCUGAAUUAGGCAAAUUAUACUCAGUAGUGUCACAGCUGAUCUGCUGUUGCAAUGUCUCUUCAAGAAUGCAGCCUUCAAUCAAUGGUAAUCCUCCUCUUCCCAAUCCUUUUGAUGACCCUAAUUUAUCACAACCUAUAAUGCCAAUUCAGCAGAAUGUGGCAGACAUUUUAUUUGAGAGAACACGUUAUGUGAAGAAAAUCAUUGAAGACUGCAGUAAUUCAGAGGAAACUGUCAAAUUGCUUCAUUUUCGCUCAUCUACUGUCCUCAGUGAACUUCUCUGGCAGGUUGCAUAUUCCUAUACUUAUGAACUGUGGCCCUAUUUGGAUCUGCUUUUGCAAAUCUUACUGAUUGAAGACUCCUGGCAAACUCACAGAAUCCAUAAUGCACUGAAAGGAAUUCCAGAUGACCGAGAUGGGCUGUUUGACACAAUCCAGCGCUCUAAGAAUCACUAUCAAAAAAGAGCAUACCAGUGUAUAAAAUGUGAGCCAGAUGACCAAGAUGCCCCAGAUGAACAUGAGUCGCCUCCACCUGAAGAUGCCCCAUUGUACCCCCAUUCACCUGGAUCUCAGUAUCAACAGAAUAAUCAUGUGCAUGGACAGCCAUAUACAGGCCCAGCAGCACAUCACAUGAACAACCCUCAGAGAACUGGCCAACGAGCACAAGAAAAUUAUGAAGGCAGUGAAGAAGUAUCCCCACCUCAAACCAAGGAUCAAUGA